AUGGUGAAGACGCUCCCGGACUGGGGCGUCGGCGCCAAGGUCGCGAAAGGGAAGUGGAAGCACUGCGGCGCGGAGAACUCGUUCUGGACGAUCACGCGCGUCCGCCCGAGGACCAGUCGCAGCGGGAAGGUUUGGGGGAACCUCACGUGGAAGGGGGAGGAGAAAGAGGAUAAGCUCGACGUGCGCAUACCGCACGCGACGAGGACGACGUCGAGGCGCCGGCGCUGA